UGCAGCUAGAUUGCUGCUACAGAGCCCCAGACAUGACAUGGGGGCAAAUAAUAAAAUUGAUCCCAUGAAAUAGCUAAAAUGUGUGCACAAAUAUUAAUUUGGUGGUUUAACAUUCACAUGAACAACUUGGACAUCUGCGUAAACAAAUGGAGUGCACCUUCACGAGUAAGUGCAAUGUCCCUUUUAAAGGUGCACUCAGUUUGCUUAUGCUACAGCUACUUUGUGGCCACAAUUUAGGAUUUUGUGAGCAUUUUAUAUCUACAUUAUGGUCAUGAAUAAAAAAAAAAAAAGUUCCCCAUACUAAAUUGGGCUGCUUAAGGUCUACUAUGGAGUGUUUUGAGGCAAAAUUUGACCCUAUCUCUCAAAGCACACUUUAUCAUUCCUAGAGUUAGUUUGAUUAAAUGACAGACUACACUCAGUAGCCAAAACGUUACCCAAGUGCAAUAUCUCAUGCAAUCCAUCACUUCAAUAACAUUGAUACACUAUUGUGCUGACUAUCGUUACAUUGCACAGAUUAGGUGUCUAUUGUCUUAAGCGCAUCAGUAGACAGGAAGGAAAUAUGACAUUUGACAUGUGUCAACACAGAUGUGUCAGUCAUGAGCUGCAUGGGAAACUUCCUCAACAUUGGUGGUCAGCCAGGAAUCAGGUGCGACUCUUUCAGUUUCACUGUGCGUUGACACUGGGCCCCAGAUGUCCACAUUGUCACUCAAAGAGCGAUACAGAAAUAAUAACACUUUAUUGAUCUCCACGGGGGAAAUUCAGGUGUUACAGCUCUGGUGCCUUCACACUAAACGGUCGCAGUCCUUAUGUUGAAAACAUGCUGUUCCACCAGUGACCUGUUGGUUGUCUCAAAUGCUAAAAGUUGCCUAAAACUACUAAAAAGUUACCUACCGGUAUAUGCAGUACAGUGCAUUAGCUUCAUUUUAUAUCUUCUAUCAUUCCAUUCAACCAUUUUCCUGUCUUUCCACUAAUUUAUUCAGAACACUAUAGGUCCAUAAAAGACAGGACAAAAAUACAUACAAAACAUGGAAUACAAAAAGGGUUUUAUAUCAUAAACUGUUAAAAAUAAAAGCUCCUUUGCCAAUGUCGCCUUAAUCUCGAUUUGUAUCUCAUUGCUUUUCACCGGGUAGGUUAAAAGCACUAUCAUUUACAGACCCAGCCAUUCAUUCAUUCAUCUUCCGUUCCGCUUAUCCUCACUAGGGUCGCGGGCAUGCUGGAGCCCAUCCCAGGAAUCUUCGGGCGAGAUGCGGGGUACACUCUGAACUGGUCGCGCAUUUAACGCGUUAAAAUGUACAAAACAGUGAAAUUAAUCUUGCCUGGCCGGGAGCUCAACACCCUUCAACCUCUGAUCUUAGAAUCGCCUAUGCCAGUGAGCACUAAUCACAUGAAUGAUAUACAACUUUGUCUUAAUAUUAGACAAGAUAAGCAGAUGGGAAAUGGACUGACACACACCAUAUGAAAUUGAACAAGAAGUCAUUUUGGUUUGAAAAAGCCAUUUUGGGGGUGAUUCCAGCCCUCCGUCUUUGAUGUAGAACUACCACUAGAGAAUUUGUCCAAAUGAGCCCCAGUUGAAAGCAGGUAUCCUUAACAGAUGGGCGAUGCUACGUGGCGAUGUUUUUUUGUCUACACCAUCUAAUGUGGGUGGAGCAUGGCAACAAAAAGGUGAAAAAGAAGGUGCAAGGGCCCGUUAAUUACAUUAUAAUCAAACUAUUCUGAUUUUUUUUCAGUUUGUAAGAAUCCUUAAACCUUUUGUGAACUUACGGUUUCUCUUUCAUGUCCACAAAUUGUGUGAUGGUGCACAUCUUAUGACAUAUAUCCAGCUUGUGUUUCAAAGGGGAAGUUUUUUUGUGUGUGUGUGUAAGACAACCCAAACCCUCUGAUUCAGUGAACUCACAAAACCAUUCACCAAAGCACAGAAAAGACAAGCUGAGGACUAAAAAAGAACAUGAAUCAAAGCUCCUUCUACAUAAUUGACUUUGACGCAACAUACGAUGAAUUCAACUUCACUUACAACGACACAGAGUUCAUCAUCGACCCUGAGACGCAACCUUGCAACCCAUUUUCCAUCCCGGACGCCGCUGCGAUUUUCAUCAGUGUCUUUUACAUCAUCGUCUUUCUUCUGGCCAUACCCGGAAAUUUGGUGGUGGGCCUGGUGAUCGGUCUCAGCAAGCAGGCACUUCCCCCUUCUGACCUCUACCUCCUGCACCUGGCCGUUGCCGACCUUCUGCUGGCUAUCACGCUCCCAUUCUGGGCCACCUCUGUCUCCAAGGGAUGGGUUUUUGGAGACGGUUUGUGCAAAAUAAUCACCAUCAUCCAAGAACUCAGCUUCUACUCCAGCAUCCUCUUCCUGACAUGCAUCAGCAUGGACCGCUACAUGGUCAUCGUCCGAGCCAUGGAGGCCCGGAGGUCUAACCGGCAGCUGGUGAGCUGGGGAAUCUGUGCUGUGGUCUGGUCCGUCGGAUCUCUUCUGUCCUUGCCGGGCCUCCUGUACUCGUCUUUCUCAUCCUCUGGUCACAUGGUGUGCGCCGAGUACUACGACCCGCGCAGCGCGGACGAGUGGCGCCUGGCUACCAGAGUCCUCCGCCACUCCCUUGGUUUCGUCAUCCCGCUUACCAUCAUGCUACCCUGCUACGGCAUCACCAUCCAGCGCCUCUUUCGCAUCCGCGGCGGGUUCCAGAGGCAGCGAGCCAUGAGGGUGAUCGUGUUCGUGAUGGUGGCGUUCCUGCUCUGCUGGACGCCGUACCACAUCACGGUGAUGACAGACACCUUCUUCCGGGCGAAGAUAGUGCAGUACCGGUGCCCCGCCCGGAUAGGGGUGGAUCAGGCCAUGCUGGCCACCCACAGCCUGGGCCUGUUGCACAGUUGCGUCAACCCCGUGUUGUAUGCUUUUGUGGGAGAGAAGUUCAGGAGGAGGUUGCAGCAGCUUAUGAGGAAGAUGGGCGUCCUGGAGCGAACGUCAGUGUCGAGGACGAGCAGGUCUUCACUCUCAUCUGAGAUCACGUCUACAUUCAUGUAGAAAACUCUGAAGGGACUCUUGAUGUCUGUUUGGAAAUGACCAAAGUUUAGUUUUGUUAAUAUUCUAUUAUUUGAAUCUCUGUCAUCCCAUUUUUUAACUUCUUCUUAUGUUUUAAAGAGGACAUAUUACGGAGAAGUAGAUUUUUUAAGUGCUUGUAUACAAAUAGUUAUAGAGGCCUGUCGACCCAUCACGUGUGAAAUUAAACAACCAAAUCAAUCUUUUGUUAUCUGACAUUUUCAAGCAACAACACGGAAGCACGAAUGAGUCAAAGCCAAAAGGUGUUACGAUCUUCUGACUUCCAGCACAUACAUAUAUUAUUGAAAUUCUCAGCUAAGUUGUCGACUUAGGGGACUUGGUGUUUUGACGAUGUGUCUGUUGUAUAAUUCGGUGACUUGAUUUUUUUCUCAAGUUUUGCAACAUAAUGCUGCCAUGUCAACAUCCAUCCAUCCGUUUUCCAAACCGUUUAUCCUCACUAGGGUCGCGGGCAUGCUGAAGCCUAUCGCAGCUGACCCUGGGCGAGAGGCGGGGUGCACCCUGAACUGGUCGCCAGGCAAUCGCAGAGCACAUAGAAACAAACAACCAUUCACACUCACAUUUACACCUAUGGGCAAUUUAGAGUCUUCAAUUAACCAACAUUCAUGUUUUUAGGAUGUGGGAGGAAAACCCACACAGGCACGUGAAGAACAUGCAAACUCCACACAAGGGCUGGCGACCAGUUCAGGUUGUAUCUCGCCUCUCGCCCGAAGAUAGCUGAGUUGGGUUCCAGCAUGCCCGCAACCCUAGUGAGGAUACGUGGUACAGAAAAUGGAUGGAUGGAUAACCAUUGACUGGAUGAUUGCGUCCAAGGCUUCCAUGACUUUUUACUGCCCCCUCAAGGUCAAUUGUAUGAAUUGAACCAUGAGUGAUGGGCUGAGUCCUUAUUUUAUUCUGUCAGUUUUUAUUAGGCCUCAUAUAACAAGAGAAACAAAACAAUCUCAGCUAAUAAAAUCCUCAUACACACCUUCUUUCUUCGUGUGUGUGUGUGUGUGUGUGUGUGUGUGUGUGUGUGUGUGCGUGUGUGUGGGUGUGUGUGUGUGUGUGUGUGGUCCAGUGCGGCGUAUGAAAUUAUUUUCAAGAUGACUGAACUCUUACUAUGAGAACGGGGUAUUGGAAAUAGUCUUGUCAACAUGCAAUGCACACUUUAACCACGUAAAUGUAGCAUUUUACCGUGUAUUCAACAAUGUAUAUGACCAUCCGCCAGUUGUUUAUGGAGUAUGCCGACGUUCAAAAGUAUGACAGAUUCUAGUAAUAAAAGUUCAAUGCCAAAUGCUUUGUAACAAAUGUUUUGAUUUCUUCUUUAGUAAGUAAAACAUCCAUUUGAGAAAGGACGCAAGGUCAUUUAAACAGUAUGCCUGCGCAGAUUUGUUAAAAAGACAUUUUCAUCGUGAGGUAGAAUGCUUUGCGAAAGUUUUGCAUAAUGUUGGUCAUCACUGGGAAACUUCUGGUAACUAGUUUGUUAUUACUGUAAUUAGAUUUGGCCUUGAGUAUUGAGUAUAAUGUCACUUGCGGAGUCCCACAGAGAUGGGUACUCGGCCCUCUUUUUUCAGUAUUUAUAUGCUGUAAUAGCAUACAAAAAUACAAAAUAUAAGAAUAUAUAAGAUAAUAUAAUAUUAGCUUUCACUGUUAUGCUGAUGAUAAUCAGCUAUACAUGCCUUUAAAACUAACUAGCCCACGUGAUUGCUCUAAACUGGAGUCGUGUCUUGCUGAGAUUAAACAGUGGAUUUCCUGUAACUUUUUGCUCCUUAACCGUGAGAAACCUGAGCUGCUGAUUAUUGGCACUGCUAAACAUAGCCACUUGAUUAAGGACACCACUCUGAGUUUGGACAAAAGCACCAUUCCCCAAAGUGAGUAAGCAAAAAAUCUCGGCGAUACUGUAUAUUAAACUUGACUCUCUCCUUUUAAAAGCAUAUUAAGAAUAUUACUAUAAUGUAUACUAUAAUACUAUAAUAUAGAAUAUUAAGUCUAUUCGCGCUCCAAUAUUGUGGAAUGCUUUACCCACAGAUAUGAGAGCUGCUACGUUAGUAGAAAUGUUUACAUUCAGACUUAAGACUUAUUUCUACUCUUUGGCAUUUAGUUAAAGUACAUGGAGGCCUUUUUUACUGAUGCUUGUCCUAGCUCCUUCCCCCUUGUGGCUUGAAAAUGGCUGAUGUACGGUCAGUCUAGCUGCCAAGUCAGGGGCCGAGAAACUCAGUGUUGCGGCAGUAGGUAUGCAGCAGAAAAGCUUACUAUCUGACACAUUUUCAGAAAUAGGUAGAAAACAAAAGAUUUAUUCAGUUGUUUAAUUUCACACUUGAUAGGUGGGCAAGCAUUCCAUUACAGUAUUUCUAUACAAGCCAUUAAAAAGUAAACUAUCCAAAAUAUGCCAACUUUAAGUAAAAUGUCAUUCAAGUACCAA